AUGGCGCCAGGCCAAGGCCUCACAGGCUUUGAUUCCUCGCUGCUUGGAGACGAGAGCUUGAGCCACGAAGGGCGACAUGGCCACCGUGUCCCGUGGAGGCAAUAUGCAGCACUGGCUGUGUGGUUCCUGCUCCUCUUGUUGCAGUACAUUGUGGUACGCGUGGUCUGCCAGUUUGGUGUGCCGCAAGAUUGUCAUCCAGACACUCAUCUGCUAGAGGUGGUGUAUGAUUUCCAGAUAAUGUUGAUCAUGGGCUUCAUGCUCGCCAUCCUCACAGGGGUGCACUUGCCAGACAGGUCCGCGUAUCUCUUUCGAUUCCGUAGACCUCGUCCUCGUGGCUUCGCCUUCGUGGGGAUCAUGCUUCUCAGUGGGCCUGCUUGGGGUUCUCUGGAUCGCGUGGAAGAACUUUCGAGGAUCUCUUUCACAACCGGCUGGUUCCGCAGCGGCGGUGCAAAGAGUGUGUGCAUUGCCCUGGCCAUCUUUGCCGCAGCGUUUGGUCUCUUGCUGUGGCACUUCGUGUGUGCUUUCAAGCACAAUCCCCUUUCAGGAUUUCUUGCCUACUGCUGCUCGAGAUUGAGCAUUUGGCUCUUCUACGGCUUCUACCUCUUCGUAGCGUCGCAGACUGCCGGUGUCUACGUCCACCUGCAUCAUUACAUCGUUGGCUUCCUCGUGGCCCUGCUUGCGGAGUUUAACCAUCCCAUCUCUCUGAUCCUGCUUGCGGCAGGUACCGGAGUCUUCGUUCAAGGCAUCUCCGCGUAUGAUGCAGAUCCCGUCAUCGAGCGGAAGCGGCUGUUCCUGUUCUGA